AAGAGGAGAUCACAGUUUGAUCAAGUGCUCUGUGGGACUCGCCUUUUUUUUCACCUCACAAAUACUAUAUUUCACUUUUUGCGUUCAGAGAAAACAGAUUUUUCUUUUUUGGUUUUACAAGGGACGAUAAUUUCAGGCACUAACCAAGAUAAUUACUCAGCACCAGCAAAGUCUCUGGCGGUGGAAAUCAUUUUAGCUUAGUCAGUGUGAAAUAUAUAACACAAAGAUGAAUAGUGUGGCAGAUUGGCUCGUGCAGAACAGGGACAAGAUCGAGAAAGGUGUGGAGAUCAUGGGGCAAGCCUCUGAGGUGCUCGCUGCCACUGUGGGCCAGCUUCACCCGGUCUUGGAGGCCGUGUUCGUAGCUUCUGCCGAGUUACUCAGCAACCCGGAGGGCAAAGAGGCCCGCUACAUGACUCAGCAAUUCGAACUGGUCAACCAGCAACUUGAGGGAAUCCAAGAUGAGAUUGAUAAAAUUGCCCUGGAGCUGCAGAGGACGUCGAUGAACAAGCAGAACUUUGAUCGAGAGGCGCAGAUGCUCAGCCAGUAUGAAAAGUUCCAGGACUUUGUCAACGCCAAGCCAAAGUUCAAAGAGAAGAAGAUGGAGAAGUUCCUCAGCCAUUACGAGAACACAGAUGGCGACUUGAACUUGGAUGCCCUCUACAAUGCUGUCACUGGGGAGAACACCUCAGGAGACCCUAUGCUGGAAACAGUAGUCACCACGGAGCAGAGAAGCAGAAGGGCAGUUGAGGAUUUCUGCGCCCGGCUGAAGAAGCUCUUUGUGGUGGGCAUCAUCGCCGUCAUGGGACAUGCCGCCCUCAAGGAAGGGGUGGUGGGAGAGGAGAUGGUGAAGAAGUGGCAGGAACGGAUGGAGGAUGUGGAGAAACGAAUGAAAGCGGCUGUGGAUGACUGUACAGAGAACUUUGCAGACCAAGCAAAGCUGGACAUGGAGCACACUCUUCAGGAGAGCGCCGCCACCGUCAACCAAGACUUCAUCAAAUCCCUUCUGGAUUCACUCGCUAAGAAAUACGACUGGGUGAACUGGUCCAUCAGGGCCUUCAGCGACCGGGAGCGCAUUUUCUUUUUCAACUGGCUGGCAGGAAAGAAGUACCACGGAAGUGGAGGAGCCAACUGGUUUGACAUUUUGACCAAGAACAAGAUCAAAGUGGUGGUCUCUUUCUGUGUUAACCCCAAGCCCAUUAACAAGAGUCAGAUCAUGGAGCAGAUUGAGGGCCAGAAGCUGAAGGGGAACAUGAUGGGAGUGGCUCUGUCUUUGAACAAGAGCUUCCCCAACUGCCUGGUCCAUGCUGUCAGCCAUUACAAGGAGGUGGUGGAGACCAACAACUUCCAUGAGGAUUGUUACUACUAUGGGAAACACAAAAGAGCCUACCUGUGUAUCCACCCUGAAUAGGCUCGCAGAUGUGCAGCUGCGUACAGGAAGAAGUGAACUGCAAAUCAAUUCAUGAAUGUCUUUACCAGAGAACUGGAAAUACUUCAAUUCUACAAAUGUAUUCAUAAAUAUUGAUGCAUAAUCUGUCGUGUUUGGUUUCUGGUAUGUGAUUCACUGUCUUGUAAUGAUUUUUAUUAUUUUACAUGUACAUCUUUUUUUGAUACAGCCGCUUGGGGGUAUUAUAAAAAAAAUUCAGAGCCACAAAUCACCAUGCCAGCUUCAACUUGUUAAGUGUUAUGAAACUCAGACUCAUUCUGUCCAGAUUGGAUAUGACUAGGGUUGGGCGAUAUGACAAAUUAGUCUGUUUCCAGCCAGAGACUUUGCCAUAUGUGUAUACCAAGAUACCUUUACCUUUAAAUUCGUUAAUCCCUUUAACAUCUCUGGGUGUAUCGGACCAUUGUUGGCAACGCUGUAAAUUUUUUGCAUUACUGUGGUUAAUUUGAGUCUCACGGUUCAUAAAUGACAUUUGAAAACACAAGUAAGUGGACCUUGAGUUGCAAUUGUUUCGUCAGCUGCUGUUUGUGAUGUACUUUCAAGCUUCAACAUUCUGGGAAAAGCACUUAUUUACUUUCUUGCAGAGAGUUAAAUGAGAAGAUUGAUACCACUCUUAUACCACAGCUAGGAGAAUGUUGGGUCAGCUUAGCAUAAAGGCUUGAACUAGAGGGAAACAGCUAACCUGCCCCUGUCCAAAGGUAAAAAAAAUCUGCCUACCAGCACCUCUAAAGUUCACUAAUUAAGAUGUUAUAUCUCAUUGGUUUGUUGAUGUCAACAUGAAUAUACACCUAAAGAUGCUCAGAGUAAUGGAAAGUUUGAUCAUGUGCAGUUCCAUGACAGCUCAGCGAAUUUGCUGAUGAAGCCUGUGUGAUUGAGUAGCUGGACCUUGAGCUGAGUUUUGUUAAUUACUUAUUUUAUCCUGCGUCUUGAAUGGAUUUCCAGAAUUAUCUAUACAACAUUUAAACGACCAAAGAAACAAAUGGCAAAUGCUGUGGUUGCAGAUUUAUUGGUAUCACCCACUCCUAGAUAGAUAGAAAUCUGUAUAUAAAAAAAUCUAUUCAAAUAUUUGUGCAGCUUUUGGUACAAAAGCAAAAUCGUCAAUCCACAAUCAAUUCAUCAAGAUACUUAUGUAUAUAUGACUUUAAUUUGUAAUAAACAAAAAAAAAAGAAUGU